CAGGGAAGUUCAAACAUCGAUCACGAAAAAGGAACGUCGACGUUCUCUCACGAAUCCAUUCCGAACGAAGCGAUCGAAGAGCGUAGAUUAUCGCCCAGAACUGAUGAUUGAACGAAGAGGGCUCUUGAAAAACAGUCGGGAUUGA